AUGGUAUCAGAGCGGCGAGGCAGCCACGCCGCCGCUGUCACCGUCGCCGGAAGAUCGAGUCAAAGCACGGCUUAUCCGGUGAUGUCGAUUGUUAAAUCCCUAAUUCCGCAGAGGAAGCCAAUCAAUCCGAUUGCUACGCAGAGUAGUCGAUCUAUUCCGCAGAGGAAUCCAGAAGAUAAGGGGACCUCCACAGUCGUUCCGCAGUGGAAUGAAGGAGCACGUCCGUCGAUCAAUCCGCAGAGGAUUCCGAGUUUGGAGCAGGAGGCGUCCGUAGCCGAUCCGCAGCGGAAGGACGGACUUCUCAGUCAGAAACAGAUGGAAGAAUUUACAGAUUCAGCCACAACGGUUGUAUUUCUUCAUCUGAAAUACGUUCAGAGAGCCAUGGCUUUGAAGUACGUGGACUCAAUUGAGCGAGAGUUUCUAGAUCAAACACCGUCAUCUACGCUCCGCAGAGUGUCGGAGAAGUGGAUCCCGUUGAUUGGGGAUUGGCUUGUUGAGAUCCAAGUUGUAUCAUCAUUGACGCCCUUUCUCGAAUCGCAUCAAACGUUUUUUGCACAAAUUGCUGGAUUUUUUAUUGUUGAGGAUCGUGUUUUGAGGAUUGGUGGUGGUUUGAUAUCUAAAGUGGUGGUGGAGAAUUUAUGGGGCAUUGCUCUUAGUAGGAUGUGUUCUGUUUUAGAAGAUCAAUUUUCUAGGAUGCAAACUGCUAACCAUUUGCUGCUGAUAAAGGACUAUAUAUCUGAGGAUCUAACUGCUGAGGGUUUGUACAACAUGAUGAAGGAUAAUGGUUUAGAUGACACAUCACUGAGGGAUGUUUGCUAUGCCUUUAUCAUUGUGAAUUUGUCUGCUGAAAAUUUGAUUCCAAUUACUGUUGAUGAUGAGUAUAAGGCUAGAGAUGGUGGUGCCCCCACGCAGGACUGCUUGAACUAUUUCUUCUACUUUCAGUUGGCAGCAUCGAGAGCUUUGAAUGGUAUUGGACUUGCCAUAGUUGCUCCUACUAUUCAGUCCCUUGUAGCUGACUCAACCGAUAAUAGCAACCGUGAAAUGGCGUUUGGAUGGCUCCAGCUUACUAGCAACAUUGGCUCAGUUGUUGGUGGAAUACUUUCCUUGUUAGUAGCUCCCAUGACAUUCGUGGGAAUUCCUGGUUGGAGAUUCUCUUUUCAUCUUGUAGGAGUAAUCAGUGUUAUAGUUGGUAUUCUAGUUCGCCUGUUUGCAAAGGAUCCUCCCUUUCCUGAUGGUAGUUUAAAAGAGCGUCGUAAAAUUCCUGGAAAAUCCUUCUGGUCAGAGGCCGAAGACCUCAUCCAAGAAGCAAAAUCGGUCAUCAAAAUACAGUCCUUUCAGAUAAUUGUAGCUCAGGGCAUUACUGGUUCAUUUCCCUGUUCAGCUUUGUCCUUUGCCCCAAUGUGGUUAGAGCUCUCUGGCUUUUCACAUGGGAAUACUGCUGUUCUUAUAGGCAUGUUUGUGAUUGCUAGUUCUGCUGGGGGACUUUUUGGAGGAAGCAUGGGAGACCUACUAUCCCAGCGCCUUCCAAAUUAUGGAAGAAUCUUUUUGGCACAAAUAAGCACAGCAUCCACUAUCCCACUGGCAGCAAUUCUUUUGCUGGCUUUGCCUGAUGACCCGUCAUCUAUUUUGCUGCAUGCUUUAUUGUUAUUUGUUACUGGGUUUUUCAUAUCGUGGAAUGCUCUAGCCACAAACAACCUAAUUUUUACAGAGAUUGUGCCCGAGAAGUCCCGAACAAGCAUCUAUGCUCUGGAUCAAUCAUUUGAAUCCAUAUUUUCUUCUUUUGCUCCCCCUGCAGUUGGGUUGCUUGCUCAGAAGGUAUAUGGCUACGAACCUGUUCCCCAGGGUGCUGAUGUUAUUUCUACCGACAGAGAGAAUGCUUCAUCUUUAGCCAAGGCACUGUUCACUGUAAUAGGAACUCCAAUGGCACUAUGUUGCUUUAUAUACUCUUUCCUCUAUUGCACCUAUCCAAGGGAUAGGAACCGGGCUCAUAUGGAAGCUCGGGUAGAAUCAGAGAUGCAACUCAUAGAGUUAGAGAAUUCUGCUUCGAGAAAACAGUAUGCACAAGGUCAACCAUCUGAAACAGAAGCCUGGAUAGUCAAGAAAAGAAAAGAAUUACAUCAAAAACUCUACUAG